AAGACGUUUAAGAGGUUCGUUGUUGUGGCGGCUCUUCUCUACCCACCCUCGCCUCUCCAUCUUAAUCUUCAUGGACACACACAAGUGACGGCUUCGUCUGAAUUCUUGUACCACAGUUCGGAUUAAAGAUGGCUUCCCAAAACAUGGUAGCGACAGUUGUGGCUGCGGCAGUCAGCCUCCUGGUUGGUGGCAUCAUAGGUCACCUUGGCACUGGCACUGACACCAUCUCCAGCAGUGACAAGGAGAAGAUCAGCAUAAUGGAGAAGCUGGUGGCAGACAAGUGGGAAUCUGAGGAGCAUCUUAACCACAAAAUAAUUGAUAUGAUCAACACGGACAACCUCAGAAAUAAUCUCAUGGAACUGGCCAAGCUUCCACACCUGGCCGGGACAGAGAGAGAUCACCAGCUGGCCCAUAUGAUACGUGAUCGGUUCCUGGAGGCUGGCUUUGAUACCGCUGACCUUGUUCCUUAUGAUGUCCUCCUUUCCCGACCCAACCGUACCAACCCUAACCUGGUCACUCUUGAAGACGUGGAAGGUCAGAUUAUCUUCAGCAGUACCUACCAGGAGAAGCCACUGCAUGAGGAUGAUAGUGACCCUGAGUUCAUCCAUGCCUUUAAUGCCUUUACGCCUGCAGGUGACGUCCGUACAGAGGCUGGUCGUGGGGUGGUGUAUGUCAACUACGCCAGAGUAGAGGACUUUGACAAGCUGGAAGAACUCAAUGUUAAUGUCUCUGGCUGCAUCGUUAUUGCUCGCUACGGCAAGAUCUUCAGAGGGAACAAGGUGCUUCAAGCCCAGGAGCGAGGCGCCCAGGGCAUAAUCCUCUUCUCGGACCCCAGAGAUGUUGCCCUGGAGGGAGUGGAGGCACAAAACGUGUACCCCAACACUUGGUGGCUCCCAGGGUCGGGCAUGCAGAGAGGAACCACCUACAUGGGCACCGGGGACUCACUCACUCCUGGAUGGCCCUCUACAGCUCAGGCCUACAGACUCAAGGUUGAAGAUGUCCAGCUGCCCAAGAUACCCUGUCAACCCAUUGGUUAUGACGAUGCCCGUGUCAUACUGGAGAAGAUUGGUGGCACUCCAGCCCCCAGUGAUGACUGGAAGGGCGGCCUGACAGGUGUGGCCUACAACCUGGGUCCUGAGCUACAAGAUCGCUACUCCAACUACACAUUGAGACUCAAAACCCACAAUGUGCUCCAGAUCCACCGUUCCUACAAUGUUAUUGGUACGAUCAAAGGGGAAGUGGAGCCAGACCGCUAUGUGUUGCUUGGCAACCACCGUGAUGCUUGGGGUUACGGUGCCUCUGACCCCUCCAGUGGCACGGCCCAGAUGCUGGAGACUGCCCGUGUCUUCGGUCAGCUCAUCAGUAGCACAGGCUGGCGGCCACGUCGGACUUUGGUUUUCUGCAGUUGGGGAGCUGAGGAGUACGGACUUAUUGGUUCUACAGAGUGGGUGGAGGAAAAUGUGAACAAGCUGCAGGAGCGGGCAGUGAUGUACCUGAACACUGACAACUGCGCCUCAGGACCAGCUAUCCUAAUACCCAGCAGCCCUCUACUCUGGGAACCUGUCACCAGGAUCAUGAAGAUGGUGCCUGGGGUUCGAGAUGGUGCCACGUUAUACGAUGAGUGGAUGGCCAAUAAUGUUGCACAGAAUCGUACGUCACCAAAAAUGGACACACUGGGAACAUCAAGCGACCACGCCCCGUUUGCUUUCUACUGCGGCAUCCCAUGUUUGAAUCUAAUGUUUAAGAGUAUCAGGAAUAAGUACGAUAUCACAGGUUAUCCUUUCUACCACACUGGCUACGAUACCUUUUACAUGAUGGAUAAGCAUGUUGACCCAGGAUUCAGGAUCCAGCAAGGAUGUGGUAGGAUAGCAUCCCUCAUGCUGAAGUACUUCGCAGACUCUCUCAUUAUUCCAUACAGCCUGCAGCACCUGCCGGAGGCCAUGAAGGAUGCCCUUGACACCUUCAAGGAAAGUGGCAAGAGAGAUAAGCUGAUGAAGAUAUGUAAGAAGUAUGUUCUCCUGGAGGAGUCUUUGGCAAACUUGACUGACACAAUUACAGUCUUUGUAAGGAAGGUUAAGGAGAAGAAGACACAGAACUUGGAUCCGGUCAGCAUCCGAGCCAUCAAUGACCAGAUGAUGAAGCUGGAACAGGUUUUCAUUCUACCAGCAGGUCUUCCAGGUCGACCAACUGUCAGACACGCAGUUUUCGCCCAGAGUCAAUUCGACAACUACGCCCCGGCACGGUUCCCUGGCAUCUCCGAUCUUCUGUACAGAAUAGAAGAGUUGGACGCUGCUGAGCGCCUUGAGAAAGAAGAGGAGAUCAGGAAGCACAUCUCUGAUCUUACUAUUAUGAUGGAGAGAGCCGCCAGCUUCUUACAGGACUUCCACUUGAUCUAAGAGGAUACCAGCGUUAUUGGAUUCUUUUGGGUAAAAGUGCAACUAAUGAGACGUUUUUAUCGUGGCAACUUUUCGCUCUCCAGGAGCUCUGGCAAUGCUCCUGGAGAGCUAAACGUUGCCACAAUAAAAAUGUCACAGUAGUUGCACUUGCGUACUUUUACCUAACAUUUUGUCGCCAAAUUCCACCAACAUUGUUACAAUGUGGAUUCUGAAGGCCUUCCACAAUGUAAAGAAAGGCAUCGCUUAAUACAAGUUCCUCUUGAGAGCAAGUUUUUGCCUCUUUCUCUGGCGAACAACUAGUGUGUGGUUCCUUCUCACUUGCAUUGUGAUAAUGCUCCACGAGCCACUCAAAUGUCUAGUUUCCAUCUUCAGUUUUAUGGGUAGUUUGGGAAUUACAUCAGCUACGAUGUUGUAACACAAAUGUUGUAACACACAACGCUUGGAAGUACUUGACUUGUACUCACUGGAGCGCAGGCGAGAGAGAUAUAUCAUAAUAAGAGGCAUUACCAAUAGACCCCUGGUUGUCUUCAAGAGAGAGCUAGACAGAUACCUAAAGUCGGUGCCAGAUCAGCCGUGCUGUGGUUCGUACGUUGGACUGCGUGCGGCCACCAGUAACAGCCUGGUUGAUCAGGCCCUGAUUUACCGGGAGGCCUGGUCGUGGACCGGGCCACGGGGGCGUUGAUCCCCGGAAUACUCUCCAGGUAGAUAUAAGGCAACUGGUUUAAGAUGGUCGAAGUCUGAGGAAACUAAUUUCUGGUUAGAUCAAUGGUUCGGAGAACUGACAGGUUGAUAAAUUAGAUACAUAUGUAACACCUGGGUACCUAUUGUGGAAACUCUUCUCCACACAGUGACUUCAUCAGUCCUAUACAUAGAAGAAUGGUGAAGAUCGGGAGACUGGGGUAAUCAGUCCCUCAGCCUGGAAUCGAUGUAAUUAGUCCAUCAAUCUUGAUGUCAAGAUUGGUGAACUAAUUACACCGACUCCAGGCUGAGGGACUGAUUACCUCAAACUCCUUCUGAUCUUGAAGAAUCUGAAGCAGAGAUCUGUGCUUCAGAGUCUUCAAGACUACUGUACUCUCUCUCUCUCUCUCUCUCUCUCUCUCUCUCUCUCUCUCUCUAUUAUCGCAUUGAUGUUCGCAUGACACUACAGUGUGAUGGCCACAUGUUGGCGCCUGUGCUUCCAGGAGAAGGGGGUGAGACCCUGAUGUUGGGUUUGGGGAGGGAGGUGAUUGUGGGAGGUUGGUACUACACCUCCCCAUCACUAGCCUGCUGGGGAGAUGUUGUUUGUGGUAGGGGAAGGGGUAUGGGGGAAGGGCGUGGUCUAGGAUUGCGUCAGUGUUGACAAGUGAUCCAACAUACACAUAACCCUUUAUUGGAGACGUCGUAAGCUCCUCUCUCCUAUAUGUAGGUUAUUCAUGUGUUAUUCCAGUCAGGGUACUGUGCCAUUUUGUUAUUUAUAGGUGAUCCACUUGUUGUAGCAUGGUGAAUGGGGAGGAGAGAGAGCGAGUAGAGAACAGAGCGAGACGUCUCAUCUCUCGCCUGGAUCCAUCCUGGAUAGAUCUAUCAUUUCAGCAGAGCCUUCAACACAGGAGGGAUGUGGGUGGCAUUAUUGUUAUGUACAAGGCCAAUACUGUCCAAGUACCACACUUGGAUCCACUUCGAGGACAGCGUGAAGCAAGCUUCUAUACCACCAGUGGAGCCAACAAGACUAGAGAACACACUAGACCUUAUUUUCACAAAUAAUGAGGACCUGGUAAGAAACAUAACAAUAUCAAAAACAACUAAUACUGAUCACAAUCUAAUCGAAGUCCAGACGUACAUGCACAGGAGUCCUGAUCAGCAAAAUGCAUACAGCUAUGAGGGUACCUUUACCAAAUUCAGCUUCAGCAACAAGAACAUCAUCUGGGAAGAAGAUAUCUUAAAUGACAUGGACCCUUAACAGUGCCUUGAAAAGAUCAACUUCCUGGUAGCUGAAGUAUGUUCAAGGUAUAUUCCCCUAAGAAAAAAGAAGAGAAUUGAUCUGGAGAGAGAGAGGGAGAGUGAUGCUCCCUCUAUGAACCAUCUGUCUACAUUGCUGACAGACACACCAACAUCUUGAGAUAGGGAAUUUUUCACUUACCUAACCUGUAGUUAUGACCUACUUCCACAUGUGGAUUUAUCCACUGUGAUAUCGCCUACGGCUGUUUCACCUCACCUGUCUACGGUACAUAAGGCACUUUAUAGUGCAUACCUGGGUGUUAGUCGACUGGUGUGGGUGGCAUCCUAUGUUCUUAUGUUCUUAUCAGUGGACCCUGGUUAACAACAGUGGCCAGUGGACCCCUGAGCAGGUCAACAGGGAUGAGUUUCCUGUAGUCCCUGAUAAUUAAGGCCCCUCUCCCCCCCCCCCAAGUUGACUGGAGAAUCAGGAGAGAUAGUGGAGGGGCGAUUGACUGAGGUCAGGGAUCCUAAUCCAACCUCCAGAAAUGGAUGGGUACCUUUCUGGAGGUCACCCUCCAACCCCUCCACCCCCACACACACAUAUAUAUAUUUGCCCAUAUACUCGUGGUGGCAGUGAUCUCAUCCUCUCGAGACACUGGUUACACAGUAUUUUACCAGCUUUUCACUAAGUUCAUGGUUCAUUUGGUCCCAGUUACUGUGUUCCUAAAAUUGACUUUCUUCAUUCAUUCAUUAGGGAUUUGCCGGUACUUCCGGCUCGGGUCUUCUCGUGAGUGAGUGCUGGGUUGUUGACAUCCCGUGAGUACGCAGGGUCCGGUGAAAUCAUCAUGGGGUGGGUUGGAACUGGGUUCCGAGUACUGGCAAAGUCGAGGUUUUUAUAAAGCAGGGCGUCACAUUAGUGCCAGGCGGAGGAGCUGGGUGUCAGGGAGGUGCUGGGUGCCAGGGAGGUGCUGGGUGCCAGGGAGGUGCUGGGUGACAGGGAGGUGCUGGGUGUCAGGGAGGUGUUGGGUGCCAGGGAGGUGCUGGGUGUCAGGGAGGUGCUGGGUGUCAGGGAGGUGCUGGGUGCCUGGGAAGUGCUGGGUGCCAGGGAGGUGCUGGGUGUUAAGUAGGUGCUGGGUGCCAGGGAAGUGCUGGGUGCCAGGGAGGUGCUGGGUGCCACGGAGAUGCCAAGCGAGGAAGGGGAAUAAUACAUGAACAAAAGAGACGAUGUAGGCGAACACACCGCAAACACCAACAGCCUGGCUGACCAAGUACUCAGUAUAGGAAGCCUGGCUUCAGGCCGGGCUGCGAGGAUAAAUGAACUUGUAAAAGUCACAAAUGAGCCACAGGGACGUUAGGAAAUACUUUUUCAGUUUCUGAUUAGUGAGUAGAGGGAAAUUCGUGUUCUCCCUGUGUUAAUGAUUCCGUGGAUUCGGUCCCGCGGUUUAGUUGAUCCGAUCAGUGAGGGGGAAAAGGUUAAGUGAAGAUAUGAUCUGGCCCUCGGGCAAGGAGUUAGUAACGUCGGUUGAUUGUAGUGAAGAAGCAGGAACUCAGGGGCAGUGGUUCGAACCCUGCAAACCCAGCUAGGCGAGUACAAGGACGCUGAACACUUCAAUGGAAGCUGAAGACACAGAUGAGUCAUAAAGAUGUCAGGAAGUGUUUCUUUGGCCUAAGGGUAGCUGACAAAAAUGAAAUAACUUGGAGGGGGCAGUGGUGGAGGCAAACUCAGUACACAGCUUCAAAUCAGUGAUGCUGAUCAAAGCGGUAUAGGAGGCGGGGCCAGGAGCAGUAUCUCAACCUCCGCAAAUACAACUCGGUGAGUAUAGGAAUGGUAGGAAAGUUUUCAGUGUUUGGUUUAACGAAAACAUACACAAGAACGUCAGUUUGACGACGUACUGCUGCGGUGUGAGCAAGGAAACCAGCUAGCCAAACUCGACUCCUGGAGGUGGAAGGUACAGUGUCUGUGCUCUGAAGGAGAGGGUGAUGUUACAGUCCUGGAGGUGGAAGGUACAGUGCCUGUACUCUGAAGGAGAGGGUGAUGUUACAGUCCUGGAAGUGGAAGGUACAGUGCCUGUACUCUGAAGGAGAGGGUGAUGUU